AUGAGGUGUUUUUUGAUUGUUUUCUUUGUGUACACAGUUAGUUGUGAACUUUGUUCUCGUGACGAAAGAUUAAAUAUAACCGAGGGUGUGAAGUUUGAAAAUGAAUCUAUUUUAUUCGAGGAUGUAGAGUAUGUGAAGGGAAAUUGGUUCGAAUUGGAAGAUGGUACAUUUGGUUGUCCCUGUAUUGGGCGUACUUGUUUGUGGAAAUGCUGUGGGGCCGGACAGGCUUAUGUCAACAGAUCCUGUACGGAUGUGGACAUGACGGAAGUGAAUCCUUUUAAUCCACCUGUUUAUAAAGGGGCGGAGGCAACAAGUAUCAACGCAUCGGCCCAAUUCUUUUAUAAGUACACGCUGUCUUGUCCAAAAUACCUAGUUGGUGCUAGAAAUAACGAGUUUACUUAUAUACAGAAGAACGGGACAUUGUAUGAGAUAGCAGAUGGCCUGCCUCAGUGGCAUCCACCAGCAAGAUACUGUGUUGAAAUGUGGCAGGAUGCUACUCAUAUAGAGCCGAUACUGGUGGCGGGUGUGUGCUACCCUGACGACGGCCAACAGGAUGUUGACAGUCCUGCGCUUUUUAUCGCUUAUAGUAUUGGUCUAAUGAUAUCGAUACCGUUCCUGUUGGCAACAUUCCUGGUGUACGCGUUCAUCCCGGAGUUACGCAAUCUACACGGCCUAUGUCUUAUGGCGUACUGCGGUGGACUAAUAAUUGCCUAUUCCUUCCUGUCUUACUUGAAACUGCACUUUGGGAAGAUUGGCGUUGAUAUGACUGGAUGUUAUAUUAUAGCGUUCAUCGUGUACUACACUUUUCAAACGAGUUUUUUCUGGCUUAACAUCAUGUGUAUCGAUAUAUGGAGAACUUUUAGCCAUGGCUACAGGGGUACUUCGAACAAACGUCGGGAGAAGAAGCGUUUUGCCUUAUAUGGGUUGUAUGCGUGGGGGGUACCAGCAAUCCUCACCGCGGUAACAAUUGCUAUGCAGUACAGUGAGAACCUGCCUGCAGGUGUGGUUACACCUGGAUUUGGAACGCAGAGGUGCUGGUUUGCUGAUUGGAUGAGCGAAUUGGUGUACUUUUUCAUCCCCGUGUUUUUGUUGGUAAUUUGCAAUGCUGUGCUCUUCACAAUCACGGCAUAUCGCAUUCGUGCGAUUCGUCAGGAAACUGCUAUAUUGAAAGGUGCCGAAUCAUCGCGAAGUGACAAAUUGAAGAAAGAUAAACAAAGAUAUGGACUUUAUUUAAAGCUAUUUGUGGUAAUGGGCGUGAAUUGGUCCGUGGAAGUGAUAAGCUUCGCGGUGGGCGGUUCCAACUGGUAUUGGGUACUGAUAGAUUUAUCUAACAUCGCUCUUGGCAUCUACAUAUUCUUCAUAUUCGUGUGGAAGAACAAAGUUCGCAACCUUAUUACUAAGAAGUGGCAGAGGCUCCGAGGAGUUCGUAUGCCGGAGACUAGCACAGGUCGGUGGAUGUCCAGCUCGGCACAAACAGAGGACACUAGGAUCUCGCACGACGAAACUGGUAUACGACUUAAGGAACUCCGUUGA